UCACCUUUCAAAUCAGCCUCAUAGUUUUAUUUAUUUAGUUUUUAUUUUUAUUUUAAACGUCGGGUCGUUACGUCACCACUCCGCCCCGCCCCGCCCUCCUCCUUUGGUCCCUGAACUCCGCGCGAGCUCUCCGCCAGUAGUGAGUCCUCCGCCGCCGCUGAGCGUGUCUGCGCGCAUGCACGGAGCCGAAGUGCAGACACGAAGCAGAGCCGGAUUGUCUCUUUAAUCGGAUGAAGGAAACCUCUGGAUUACGGAGUUUGUUUAUUGUUUAUUCUAACCGCUGUCUGUAAAAACAACAACAAUCAUGUCUCGGAUUCCUGAAGGUGUGAACAAGCUCACAGAAAGUACAUAUAAGAAUGUGAUGGAGCAGUUCAACCCAGGUCUGAGGAACCUGGUCAACCUCGGGAAGACCUACGAGAAAUCCGUGGCAGCCAUGACUCUCGCCGGAAGGGCCUAUUUCGACGCCAUUUCGAAGCUGGGAGAAGUCGCCAUCGUCUCUCCGGCCUCCAGAGAGCUCGGGGUCGUCCUUAUGGAAAUUGCUGAAGCACAUCAGACGAUCCACAACGAACUUGAUGAGAACUUCAAGAGGUUCCACAAAGACAUCCUUUCAGAACUGGAGAAGAAGACGGAGGCAGACACCAAGUACAUGACCGCCACCUUCAAGCGCUACCAGACGGAGCACAAACUGAAGCAGGACUCCCUGGAGCGCUCUCAAACCGACCUGAAGAAGCUGAGGCGGAAGAGCCAGUCCAAGCACUCCUCCAAGUACGACCAUAAGGAGAAUGAGUAUUUGGAGACCAUUUCAUCCCGCCAAACGGAUAUGCAGAGGUUCAUUGCAGAUGGUUGUCGAGAGGCCCUACUGGAAGAGAAGAGGCGUUUCUGUUUCCUUGCAGACAAGCACUGCUUGUUCUCCUACCAGAUCGGCAACUUCCAUGAGAAAGCCAAAGAGGUUCUGUCCGAAAACAUCUCGAGGUGGCAGGAGAAAUGCACGGACAUCAACAAAGUACCGGAAACUCUGGUGACAAUGAUAAAUGGUCUUUCUGUUAUUCCGGAGCACACGCCUAAGGCUGAACGCCCCACAAGGAACCACGUGAGGCCCAUGUCACCUCCUCCAGCGCCGCCUUUGAAGGCUCACGUCAGUCCGCUGGCCAACAUGUUUAACCCCGACACCAGACCUCAGCGGAUGUCCUCCUCAGACCUUAAUGCAGACCUGGGCAGCAUUGGAGAAGGCUCUCUGUCCAGGUCCACAUCCCAGUCAUCUGGACUCAGCAUUGGCCAAAAAGUCAGAGUCAGGACCAUCUUUCCACACACGGCGGGGAACAGCGACACGCUCCUCAGCUUUGAAGAAGGGGAAAUAAUAACUCUGCUCAUGCAUGACGAGCAGGACGGUUGGCUGUACGGAGAGCUGGAGCGGACUCAGCAUCGAGGCUGGUUUCCAUCGUCCUACUGCAGACCCUACCAGGAGCAGCUAAUAUCUAACAGCAAUCUGAGCACGCCGGUGCGGAGUCUGAGCGAGUGCAGUCUGCCAGAGGAGGACGACGAUGUGUACGACUCCGUGCUGCUGCCUCCGCCAGACUACAGCGAUGACAUCCCCUCCAGCCCGGUGGUCCCCAUGAUGCCCUCACCGAACAACACAGUUUCUCUGAUGAAUGGAUCAGCAAAGCCCUCCUUUUUUGGAGAAGGGAAUCCAUUCGCCACAGUCAAGCUGAGACCGACUGUCACCAAUGACAGAUCAGCUCCAGCCAUCUGAAGAGGAGUCGGGGAAGAUCUCACUGGUCUUCGGUCUUUGGAGGAUCAAACUCUAAGCUACGCUCUGAAAAACCUCCUCAAAGUCAUCAUGAGUGUUAGGCUGAAUCAGAAUUCUUCUCCUUCCUUUACGGCUUCUCCCUGCUCCUACAUUUAGCCCUACGAACAGAGGGUUAUGGAAAAAUAGAGUUUAAAUUCGGACGUUACUCACACUUGACGAUGUCAUCAAUAGUCGCCGGUCAGCCACAUUAGCUGCUACGUUAGCGCUAGGGGUGUGUAUAUUCAAGAGUUGUUGUUUUGGUCGCGGUGUAGUGCUGCUCAAAGAAGGUCAGUGUGCUGCCAACUAGUGGUUGGAGGUUUAAGUGGAAAACAAAAGUAAAAAUACUGAUGAAUAAUUAAUUAGAUAUCGUCUUGUAAAUAUUUUAAAUAGAUAAAUAAGUAUGAAAUAUAGCCAAAUUGAUUUCCCCUACACCCCUAGUUAGCGUGCAUCUGCUACGUUAGCCCAUAGCUGCUACGGUAACGUUACGGGUUUGCAUUGGAAAAAAGUCUAGCGAUAUGAUACCCAAUACAUGUCCCACAUAUCGCGAUAUUCCCAAGACUAGAACAAUUUUCUUUAACUUUUCGGUACCCAUCCCAAGCGAAACCUUAGUACAUGUUUCAUGCUAACAAAAAACGUGAGGCUGACUGAACAUUUAACACAAGCGGGGUCUCGCGAGAUCUUGUUGUUUUGGUCGCGUUGCAGAGCUGCUCAAAGAGGCUCAGUGUGCUGCCAUCUAGUGGUCGGGGUCGAAGACAAAGUAAGAAGAUAAAAAAUGCUCAUAAACAGUUGAUUAAUUUUUUUCUAGUGAAGGUUUUAAAUUGAUACAAGUGUGGUCUAGGAAAAUAUGGUAAUGUAUAGCCAAAUUGAUUUUCUACUACACCCCUGGUUAGCGCGUAGCUGCUACGUUAGCAUGUAACUGCUAUGUUACUGCGUAGCUGCGACGUUAGCGUGUAGUUGCGACAUUAGUGCGUAGCUGCUAUGUAGCUGCUACGUUAGCAUGUAACUUGUAUGUUAGCAUGUAGCUGUUACAUUAGCGCGUAGCUGCUACAAAGUUGCUACGUUAGCGUGUAGUUGCGACAUUAGUGCGUAGCACCUACGUAGCUGCUACGUUAGGAUGUAACUGCUAUGUUAGCGUGUAGCUGCUACAAUAGCGCGUAGCUGCUACAAAGUUGCUAUAUUAGCGUGUAGCUGCUACAUUAGCGCGUAGCUGCUACGAAGCUGCUACGUUAGCAUGUAACUCCUGUGUUAGCGUGUAGCUGCUACGUUUGCGUGUAGCUGCUACAUUAGCGCGUAGCUGCUAUAAAAGCUGCUACGUUAGCAUGUAGCUGCUAUGUUAGCGUGUAACUGCUACAUUAGCGCGUAGCUGCUACAAAGUUGCUACGUUAGCAUGUAGCUGCUACGUUAACGCGUAGUAGUUGCAAUGUUAGCGCGUAGUUGCUAUGUUAGUGCCUAUUUGGAAAUACAUAAAAACAUUGGUUUUCUAACUUUAAAAAGGUCAUACUAAAACGAAAAUUCAUGACUUACAUUUAAAUGUUAACUUCUGCGCAUCAGAGCAAACCCACGUGAAAAGCGCUUCCCCUCUGCAGCACAGCGCGACGCGGCUCACCUACCGGCGGAGGGAAACAGAACUCAAAGUCCCUUCGCUUUACCCUUUCAGACACACUUUUACCUUCAAAUACUCCUUCAACUUGAGGGGUAGGGAGAAGCCGGAGGGGAAGAAUCACGAUUCGGCCUUCUCUUUUAAUGGAUUGACACUACCACUUAAAAUACAGUUUUGCUCAAUUUUAUCCAGAAACAGCUUGAGAGAAGGUUGGAGUAAAACAAGAAAAAAGUUUGUUGACAGUCUGUGCUGUAAAAGUCAUUCCAGAAUUAAGUUUUUGGACUUUUGGACCCCACUAAAAGGAUGCAUGGAAAAGAUAAAGCAGUGCCAAAGACUUCCUGCAGUAAAAGGAAGAAAAAAAUACUUUGCAUUGCACACGUGCAUCAUUUUAUUGUCAAAUUUUCACGUGCACGUGAAGGUAUUCAGCUCAGAUCCAGUCUUUGACAUAUACACCACGCAUGAGCUUAGCGGGUUUAUAAAAGUCCAGCUCGAAUACAAAUGUGGAACAUUUGAGUAACUUUUGAGUCGUGAUUCUUAUUUAUUUGCAAAUAAAAAUACGUUUUGUGGUCUGCUAUGAGGGGAAUGUAAAAAAAGUGAUUUUAGAAGUAAGACAAAUGACAGAGAACCUGGGCUGCCUUUCAUACAAAACAACUAUUUCUAUUUUUAUUAUAACUUUUUUGUAUAUUUUAAGAGACAUUUUGAAGUACAGAGGUGGUUAAAAUGAAGGGAGAGUACGUUGGGAAGGCUUGUAGAUAAAAUGACUAUUUAUAAAGAGGACAUUUUUAUGGAAAAAGCUCUGGACUCAUCCUGAGAGACACCGUGAUUGAGAUUUUACUCAUAUGUGGUCAAAUUUAGUAAAAAAAAAAAAAAAACGACACAUUUUAUUGUGACAAAAUUAUUACACUUUUCAUAUUUUCAUUGUUUUUUGUGCAAAAAAAACCAAAUUAAUUGUGGUUUACAGGUAGACGACUGUUUGUGAAUAAUGUGGCUUAAAGCUUUUUCCAUAUGAAUAUAGAGUCAUGAUGACAGCUGACUAAUCAAACUGCUUGUUGAUCACUAAUGUAAACCCUCGCGCUGGCGUUGCUGUUGCUAAAUGCUUUCCUCAAAGCCACUGUGUUGACCGUCGAGUCCUGUUUUCUCAAUAAAACACAAUAAAGUCUG